CCAUAGUACCUAAACUAAUCACUUUCCAACGUCAAAAAUGUUGGCUAAGAGGCCCAUAUUCGGAUAUUCCAAAUUUCAAUUGUGCGGAAAAUUCCUCCUCUUCCCUCGCUCCUCCUCCACCUUUCCACUUCAUCCAUCUUCUUCCUCAGUUUCAGUACCCAAUCACAAAUUCAACUCUAACCAUUUCACUUCUCUUCCUCGAAAACUCCAUCCUACUCAUUUUCUCUCUCCUAUUACCUCUUCAUCCUCCUCAACCUUCUCUUCAAUGGCGUCCGCUUUCCAGAAACCCUUGCAUUAUCCACUCUCUCGCCGUGAUGAUUCCGUUGUCGAAGAUUACUUCGGCGUCAAAAUCGCCGAUCCUUAUCGAUGGCUUGAAGAUCCGGAUUCUGAAGAGACGAAAGAGUUUGUUGAGAAUCAAGUGAAGCUAACUGAUUCUGUGCUUAAAGAAUGUGAGACCAGAGAUAAGCUUAAGGAGAAGAUGACCGAGCUUUUCGAUUAUCCGCGGUUUUAUCCGCCAUUUAAGCGUUGUGAUAAGUUUUUCUACUUCCAUAACUCUGGUCUUCAACCGCAAAGUGUGCUUUAUGUUCAGGAUAGUCUAGAUGGAAAGCCAGAGGUGCUGCUUGAUCCUAAUCAGCUUAGUGAUGAUGGAACAGUGGCUUUGAACACUUAUUCUGUGAGCGAGGAUGCCAAAUAUUUUGCAUAUGGUUUGAGUGCAAGUGGAAGUGAUUGGGUAACAAUCAAAGUAAUGAAAAUUGAAGAUAAAAGGGUUGAACCUGACACUCUAUCCUGGGUUAAGUUUAGUGGUAUUACUUGGACACAUGACAAUAAAGGAUUCUUCUAUAGUCGCUACCCACCGCCCAAUGAAGGAAAAACAUCAGAUGCUGGAACUGAAACAAAUUCUAACCUUAACCAAGAGCUGUAUUAUCAUGUUCUUGGCACUGAUCAGUCUGAGGAUAUUUUGUGUUGGAGAGACCCUGAAAACCCAAAACACUCAUUUGGGGCCGAGGUAACAGAUGAUGGAAAGUAUCUUCUUUUAUAUACUUCAGAGAGCUGUGAAGUGGUGAAUAAAGUGUACUACUUAGAUUUGACAACACUCCCUAAUGGGAUUGAAGGUUUUCGUGGGGGAAAAGAGUUGCUUCCUUUCACAAAGCUUAUUGAUACAUUUGAUGCGGCUUAUGACGCUGUUGCUAACGAUGAUACUGCAUUUAUUUUUCGAACUAAUAAGGAUGCUCCAAGAUAUAAGUUAGUUCGUGUUGAUUUGAAAGCCCCAGGAAUAUGGACUGAUGUUAUUCCGCAGUCUGAGAAGGAUGUGCUUGAAUCAGCCUAUGCUGUCAAUGGAAACCAUCUUCUUGUCUGUUACUUGAAUGACGUGAAACAUGUUCUUGAGGUUAGAGACCUUGAAACAGGCUCUCUGUUGCAUCACUUACCCCUUGAUAUUGGAUCAGUUGAUGAUAUCUCUGCAAGGAGAAAAGACAGUGUGGUGUUUUUUAGGUUUACAAGCUUCUUGUCUCCAGGCAUAAUUUACCAGUGUGACUUAAAAUCAGAUGUACCAGAAUUGAAGAUCUUUAGAGAAAUUGUUGUCCCCAAAUUUGAUCGUGAUGAGUUUCAGGUUGAUCAGGUUUUUGUUACCAGUAAAGAUGGCACUAAGAUACCAAUGUUCAUAGUUUCAAGAAAGGGAAUUGUUUUGGAUGGUUCACACCCAUGCUUAUUAUAUGGUUACGGUGGGUUUAACAUAAGUAUCACACCAUCUUUUGGUGUCAGUCGCAUUGUUCUCUUAAAAAAUCUUGGUGCUAUUUUUUGCAUUGCUAAUAUCCGGGGUGGUGGUGAAUAUGGAGAAGAAUGGCACAAGGCAGGAUCCCUUGCAAAGAAGCAGAACUGCUUUGAUGAUUUUAUUUCUGCUGCUGAGUUUCUUGUUUCUAAUGGUUAUACCCAGCCAAAAAAGUUGUGUAUAGAAGGUGGAAGUAAUGGUGGGCUUCUUGUCGGUGCAUGUAUUAAUCAGAGACCUGACAUCUUUGGCUGUGCUCUGGCUCAUGUUGGUGUCAUGGACAUGCUCCGAUUUCACAAAUUUACCAUUGGUCAUGCUUGGACAUCAGAUUAUGGUUGCUCUGAUAAGGAAGAGGAAUUCCACUGGCUAAUAAAGUACUCGCCUCUACACAAUGUUAGGAGACCAUGGGAACAAUCAUCUGAUAGAACUGCACAGUACCCCUCUACCAUGUUAUUGACAGCUGACCAUGAUGAUCGUGUGGUGCCUUUGCACUCCCUGAAGUUACUGGCUACAAUGCAGCAUGUUCUUUGCACAAGCUUGGAUGAUAGCCCUCAGAAGAACCCAAUUAUUGGUAGAAUUGAGUGCAAGGCUGGUCAUGGAGCAGGACGCCCAACACAAAAAAUGAUUGAUGAGGCAGCAGAUCGUUAUGGCUUUAUGGCUAAGAUGGUAAAUGCAUCGUGGAUUGAUUAAAGAAUUGCUACAUAAAAAUGGAGUGAUUCCGGGUUGAAUCUUUUACUUUUUGAUUCGUCUAUCAUGGAUAGGAGGAAGACCUCUAUUAUUUUGCGAUGACACAUUUAUCUCAUUUUCUAUAGUCAUUCUUGGGGUCUUGGGUAGAUCAUUUUAUUCAAUGAUUAGCGUCAUUUUGACUUGAGUUGGAAUGUAGUUGCUUGUAAGGUAGUGAUUGAAGUUGAAUAGCUUUGGAAGAAGUAAGUUUUUUUUUUGGUUUUUUUUUUUUUUAAUUGCAAACUAAAGAUCUGGACUUACUUUCUUUGAA